CGCGCACGGUACCCGCACCACAAAAAAACUCCAUCACUCGCACCGAGUCGCACCGUUUGGUUAGGGACUUAAAAAUUUUCAAACCUACAGCUGAAAAGUUCUUCUACUACUCUUUUUACAAAGAUCAACAACAGCAAAAAUGGUUCGUUACGCUGCUACCCCAUCUAACCCAGCCAAGUCUGCUUCUGCCCGUGGUUCUUACUUGAGAGUCUCUUACAAGAACACCAGAGAAACCGCUCAAGCCAUCAAUGGUUGGAAAUUAGAAAGAGCUCAAAAAUACUUGGACCAAGUCUUGGACCACCAAAGAGCUAUCCCAUUCAGAAGAUACAACUCUUCUAUCGGUCGUACUGCUCAAGGUAAGGAAUUUGGUGUCACCAAAGCCAGAUGGCCUGCCAAGUCCGUUAACUUCAUCAAGGACUUAUUAAGAAACGCUCAAUCCAACGCUGAAGCCAAGGGUUUAGAAGUUUCCAAGUUGAAGAUCUCCCACAUCCAAGUUAACCAAGCUCCAAAGCAAAGAAGAAGAACUUACAGAGCUCACGGUAGAAUCAACGCCUACCAAUCCUUCCCAUCUCACAUUGAAUUAUUCUUGACUGAAGAAGACGAAGCCGUCGAGAAGGGUGAUGACAGCAAGAAGGUCAGAUUGAACUCUAGACAAAAGGGUAGAUUGGCUACUCAACAAAAGCGUUUAGCUUCUGCUUAAAUGUGUUAAUAUCUAAAUAAGUAAUACACAAGUCAACGAGAACAUAUCGGUGCUCUAUAGCUACCGGUCCCAUCAUGGUUGGGCGAGGUUGCCUGUCAUCUCUUAUGUACAUUUAAUAUAUAUUGUUGGGUUCAGUCUUCGUCAUCGUUACUGAUGUUAGUACUCUUUGGGCACAUCGACGACAUGCUCGAUUUUCGUCGCGGGUGUCCAUGUGACUUAAUUUCCCACUACUGGCUGGACUGCCGUUGCGUGUCGGACAGGACGCUUGCACCACCGCCCA